AUGCGCCGAAGGGUACAAAGAUCGUUCACCCAAUUGAUCUUCUUCAUCUGCAUUUUCUUCUUCAUCUUAUAUUUAAACCGUCCUCAGUCAACCAAAGACAAACUCUUCGCAUGGACCAAAAUCCGCUAUAAGACCACAUCAUCAAUCAUCCCAGAGGCCCGCGGGGUUUGCCCGGGCCUCGCAGGAUCGACAAAGCCAGCUCUGGUAGUCUCCCAUGUUGCCACCGAUGGCGAUCCAGCUUGGCUAGAAUCCCUGUCCGCAUUCUACCAUAUAUGCAUGUACCAUGUGGACGCGCCAGCAGACACAUCCUCCAAUCUGCUACAAGUCCCUGCAAACCGUGGACACGAGGCAAUGGCGUAUCUUACCUUCAUGAUUGACAACUACGCGGAUAUCCCAUCCGCGGGCGCUGUCUUCGUGCACGGUAGCCGCUGGGCUUGGCACAAUGAUAUCCCGGACUACGACAAUGCCGCACUCCUGCGUAGCCUUGAUGUCCGCCGCGCGAUUCAACCAGCGGGCUACCACAAUCUGCGCUGCGACUGGAGCGCAGGUACUUGCCCGUCCUCCGUGCCGCCGCAAGGCAGUCUCGAAAUGAGGCUGUCGAACGCCGUGUCACCGUGGAGUCCACGUGCGGCAUCAGAUCUCGCCCUGCCGCACGCGCUCGGCCACCUCUUUGGCGGGAGUAUUGAGGCGGAUGUUGAACAAAUCCGCAGCGAUUUUCAUGUCCAUCUUGGUCGGAAUGAUGCCGUGCGUGCGCAGUGUUGUGCACAAUUUGCGGUUUCGCGUGAACGUGUCUGGCAGCAUGGCCGGGAUGAGUAUGUUGCGCUUCGCCAGUGGCUGCUUGAUGGCAGUGAUGAUGGCGUUGCGCGGAAUAUGCAGCGUGCUCGCGAUUCUAAGGCUGCGCCUGGUGAUGACCUUGUCGCUGGUCGGGUUGUUUCGUAUCUGUGGCAUAUUUUGUUUGCAAAAUAUGAUGAGAAUGGGGCCAUUGAUCUUGACCAGCUGAAUCGUGAUUCAUGUCCUAGUGCUUCUGAGUGUUACUGUCGGUUAUAUGGCAAGUGUGAUUUGAAAUGUCGGGGUCCUGGGAGCUGCCAGGGGCAGUACUCGAUCCCGAAGAAUUACAAGCUUCCGGAUGAUUGGGAGGAGAAGCAUCCAUGA